GGAAAAUGUCUAUCAGCAGUUGCAGAAGUUGCACUUUCUUUCUUGGUCCCGGCCCCGUAUCAAUUGGCCUUGCCUACUUCAAUGCCAAUGCCUGGUAAACAUGUAGAAAAGACAGUUGAGAAGGCGGGCGCUCUUUUCAUCCAACUAGAAAUAUCAUAAGAGAAGAAAUCUCUGACGCCUAAAACUCCCAUGCCUUUCUUGGAAAAACCAAGGCCAUUUCCGACAAGUCUUUCUUCAUUUUUUGGGGGGAGCAGAGUAGUCCAAAAGUCAACCACACAAAAUGAUUGUUCUAGAAUGUCUAUUCCUCACAAUUGCUCCUUGUGAUGCAGCAGAACCAUGGCAAUUAGGAUCUCAAGAUGCAGCAACACCUAUGAUGCAAGGAAUUAUAGACUUAUAUCACGAUAUAUUUUUCUUUUUUAUUCUGAUUUUUUUUUCGUAUCAUGGAUCUUGGUUCGCGCUUUAUGGCACUUCCACUAUCAAAAAAAUCCAAUCCCGCAAAGAAUUGUUCAUGGAACUACUAUCGAGAUUAUGUGGACCAUAUUGCCGUCUAUCAUCCUGAUGUUCAUUGCUAUACCAUCAUUUGCUCUUUUAUAUUCAAUGGACGAGGUAGUAGUAGAUCCAGCCAUUACUAUCAAAGCUAUUGGACAUCAAUGGUAUUGGACUUAUGAGUAUUCGGACUAUAACAGUUCCGAUGAACAGUCACUCACUUUUGACAGUUAUACGAUUCCAGAAGAUGAUCCAGAAUUGGGUCAAUCACGUUUAUUAGAAGUGGACAAUAGAGUGGUUGUACCAGAAAAAACUCAUUUACGUAUUAUUGUAACACCUGCUGAUGUACCUCAUAGUUGGGCUGUACCUUCCUUAGGUGUCAAAUGUGAUGCUGUACCUGGUCGUUUAAAUCAGACCUCUAUUUCGGUACAACGAGAAGGAGUUUACUAUGGUCAGUGCAGUGAGAUUUGUGGAACUAAUCAUGCCUUUAUGCGUGCGCCCGGAAACAUAGGCCGACUGCUGAGCCCACUCUGGCUCAGCCGCACCACCCCAGGGUGCCCGAGAAGCAAGCUAUUACAGCGAGCGGCUGGAGCAGUAUGGAGCCGAGGAGCAAGGCAGUAGAUAAGAUAGAAGAAGGGGCCAGGCUCCCGGUGGAGGAGAGGAGACGGUUAGGAUAACGAACUUGAAACGCGGAGCCCGAGCGGCCGGCGAGCGAGUGGUUAGUGGUCAAUAGCGCCCUAGUUGAUGGCAUUCCUCUCUGCGGCUGGCACUCGAGGAACCACGGGACACUCCAUACAGAGCAAGCAAGUCUUAGGGAUGAGACGCCCGCGCAAGGACCUCAAUUCUCAUUAGGAGGUCAAACCAAGGACCUAUGGAAGUCGGGGCUACCCCGUCCCCAUGGGCAACGCAACAGUGUCCCUGAGGGAGGAGUUUAGAGGCCUUAUAGUAGCACGGACUUCUUUUUCUUUCUAGGUCAUGCGAAGGGGGCCAGUCCAAGAUCGUACUGUUCCUCUACAAAGACAAGAGACGCUCUCAACGGCUAGGCGCCACUCUCUUUCUGAGUUAUUCCAGCUUCUUUAUGAUUUCGUGCCGCGGUGAACAAACAAAAAAAAGAGGGCCGUCUCGGCGGAAGGAGAAGGACCUGCAACGGCAGAGACUGCUGACCCUCUUCUUGUCUUGUUUUUAGCCGUAUGUUACGAGUCCGGGAAGCCUCCUCAAUUUGAGGGAUCCCUCAAAAUAAAAAUUGAGAAGUCAAAAACCUUCCUCCUGCUAAUCCGGCCAUUUCUGAACCUGUCUUUCUCACCCUAUUCAAUUCAAUGAGGACUUCUCAAUUCUUGCGAUUCCCAACUCCCUGAGCUUAUUCUUAUUAUAUAUUAUUAUCAAUUCAAAAAAAGGGUUAGGGUUCCAAACGGCAAAUAUAGGUUCAAUGAUCUCUUUCUUCGAUAGACCGGUCCGGCGCCCCGCGUGGUUAUAUUCGUACAUGUUCCGACUCGCCGGUCAUUAUGGAUAUAGUGGCAUGGCGAGUCAAAGGGGGGGAGUUCUUCUGAAAAAAAUGGAUCGAUGGGAACCCAACAUCAACAUAGCAGAGUGGCCAACCAA